GGAACGAGGCGGCACCGGACGGAGCGGGCGCGGAACCGGGGGGGGGCCCGGCGGGGCCGCGGCCAUGGCCGAGCCCGGAGAAGCGCUGGGACCGCUGAAAACCGAACCGCAGCCCCCGGAAAAGCGGCGGAGGACGAUCGAGGACUUCAAUAAGUUCUGCAGCUUCGUGCUGGCCUACGCCGGGUACAUCCCGGCGGCCGCCGAGGACCCCCCCUGGCCCUCGUCCGGCCCCAGCUCUCCCCGUCCCGCCGGGCCUGACGCUUGGGGCUCGGCCCCGGCCGCCCUCCGCACCAUCGAAACCUUCGUCCGAAAAGCCAAAUCCUCCAAGAAGCGCGCCCUGGCCCCUCCGGAAUCCGCCAUCCUGGACAAAAUGCGCCUCAAGGACUCCCUCUUCGACCUCCCCGCGCCCCAGAACAACCCGGCGCCCGCCCCCCAGAAGCGGCGGGAGCGCCGGAACCGCCGCGGGGACGCGGGGCUCGGGGGCGGCUCGCGGGGCGGCGGCCGCGACGGCUCCCGCCUGCGGGUGAAGAAGAGCAAGAAGCGGCGCUGGAAGAAAGGGGAGAGGGGGAUUUUGGGGAGGGGGUCUCCCAGCGAGGAGACGGAUUCGGAGGAGGAGCCGCCGUCGCCUCCGCCGGCGCCGCCGCCGCUGCCCCCCGAGGGGGGGAAACUGGGGGUGCUGGGGGGGCCCGGGGGGGUGCUGGGGGUGGGCAAGGAAGGGGGGAGCACGGAGACCAGCAGGGACGGCGACGGCAGCGACAGCGAGGGCGACGCGCGCGUCAUGGACGAGGACAUCAUGGUGGAGUCGGGCGACGACUCGUGGGAUUUGAUCACCUGCUACUGCCAGAAGCCUUUCGCCGGCCGGCCCAUGAUCGAGUGCAGCCAGUGCGGCACCUGGAUCCACCUGUCGUGCGCCAAGGUGAAGAAAAACAACGUCCCCGACGUCUUUUAUUGCCAAAAAUGCCGCGAGGGGCCGCGCCGCGCCGCCCCCGCCGCGCCCCGCGCCGCCGCCGAGCCCUGAGCCCCGAGGGCUCGCGGGGGGCCCCGGAUUUUGGGGGGGAAAGGCGCCGCAAACGGGGGGUUUGGGGGUCCCCCCGCAGGGUUUGGGGGGAGUUCUUCCUCCUCGUUUCGUUCCCCGCCCCCGGAAAAAAAAAGAGAAUUUGGGGUUUGGAUCGUUCCCAAAAUCGAGAUUUUUUUUUUUUAAUUUGGGUAGGGGAAGGGGUUGGAAUUGGACCUGGAAUUGGGAGGUUUGGGGGUUGGAAAAUGUCCGGAAUUUGAGAUUUUGGGGGUUGGAAAAUGCCCAGAAUUUGAGAUUUUGGGGGGUUGGAAGAUGCCCAGAAUUUGAGAUUUUGGGGGUUGGAAGGUGCCCGGAAUUUGAGAUUUUGGGGGUUGGAAAAUGCCCGGAAUUUGAGAUUUUGGGGGUUGGAAGGUGCCCAGAAUUUGAGAUUUUGGGGGGUUGGAAAGUGCCCAGAAUUUGAGAUUUUGGGGGUUGGAAGGUGCCCAGAAUUUGAGAUUUUGGGGGUUGGAAAAUGCCCAGAAUUUGAGAUUUUGGGGGUUGGAAAAUGCCCGGAAUUUGAGAUUUUGGGGGUUGGAAAAUGCCCAGAAUUUGAGAUUUUGGGGGUUGGAAAAUGCCCGGAAUUUGAGAUUUUGGGGGUUGGAAAAUGCCCAGAAUAUGAGAUUUUGGGGGUUGGAAGGUGCCCAGAAUUUGAGAUUUUGGGGGUUCAGAAGGUGCCCAGAAUUUGAGAUUUUGGGGGUUGGAAAAUGCUCAGAAUUUGAGAUUUUGGGGGUUGGAAAAUGCUCAGAAUUUGAGAUUUUGGGGGUUGGAAAAUGCCCGGAAUUUGAGAUUUUGGGGGUUGGAAAAUGCCCAGAAUUUGAGAUUUUGGGGUUUGGAAAAUGCCCGGAAUUUGAGAUUUUGGGGGUUGGAAGAUGCCCAGAAUUUGAGAUUUUGGGGGUUGGAAAAUGCCCAGAAUUUGAGAUUUUGGGGGUUGGAAAAUGCCCGGAAUUUGAGAUUUUGGGGGUUGGAACCUUCCCAAAAAAUGUGAGGUUUUUGGGGGUUGAAACCUCUCCUGAAUUUGUGGGUUUGGAAGCUCCCCCGAAAUUGUGAGGUUUGGAGAGCGCCCGAAACUUGAAAUCUUGGGCUCGUGAUCUCCCUUGAAACCCAGAGCUUUGGGAACUUGGAACCUUCUCCCGGAAUUGUGAGGUUUGGGGGACGGAGGAUUCCCAAAAAUUGAGAUUUUUUUUGGGGGGUGAGGUUUGGAAGCUUCUCUGGAAUUUUGAGGUUUGGGAGGGGUUGGAAGGUGCCCAAAAUUGGAGAUUUUGGGGGGAUUGGAACCUCCCCUCCCAAACUGUGAGAGGUUGGGGUUUGUAAAACCCCUGAAAUUGUGAGAUUCGGGGUUCUCCUCCCUGGAAAAUCGAGGACUUUGGGGGUCUUUUACAGCCCCCCCAUAAGUUGUGGGGUU